CAGCUACGAGCGGAGCUACACAGGCAGUAUGGCGGAGCAGGAGGGCACAGGGUUCGGGCCACGGGAGCUGGAGCGGCACCUCCACGGGCUGUCCAGCCGAUACUCCGGUGACCAACUGCGGGCCGACAGUAAAGCCUUCUGCGCGGACUUCUGUAAACUGGUGGAGGACCACGCCUCCCACUGGAAGCUGCCGCUGCCUCAGCUCAGGAUCCUGGAGGUGGCGCUGCAAUACUUCAGCCGAGCCUCCGCCUUUUUCACGUCCAACUGUGAUCAUGUACUGCACACACUGAGCAGUCUGGCCUUGAGUGUUUCUGAGUUACUGCUGUUCUUUGACCAGACUGACUUCAACCAGGAGCCACUGAAACACUUCACUAUCACAUUCCAGGAAUGUCAUUCGGCGUUGGCGAAGCAUCAGAAUGUUCACUUGCAUCAGGUGGAGCGUUGGGUCCAGGGGGGCGGGCCUUGGGCCAGCCACGCCUUCCAGGCCAUUCUCAGAGAGUCCAGUUUACCUCAGAAAGAAGUGGAGGAGUGCAUCGGCUGUGAGCUGCCGGUCUUCCUGGAGCUCCGGGUGCGUUACCUUCUGUCCUGUGAGCGUCUUCCGGAGGCCUUGGCCUUGGCUAAGUGUUGUGCCCAACAUCCCACGGCAGGCCAGCACCUGUUCUUCCUCCAGGUCUACCUCACAUGGCUCUACAAAACCUCACAGCAUGAGCGCCUGCACAAGGAGGUUUGUGACUUUAACGGAGAAGAUGCCGUUCACAUCAUCUGCAGUUUGGAGUGUGAGGAAAAGGACGAGCUGUUACUGGCCCUGAACAGAGCCUUCCUGUCACAGCAGCUCCGCAGGGGAGACAUGUACUAUUUAUGUGAUCUGGUUUCCAUUUGGAGUAAACUUCACAGUCGGUUGAAAACGUCCAAACAGACUCUGUUGAAGGAGUGUCAUCAGCUGAUGCUGUCGGCAACCAACGUUAACUCCAUCUUCCCUUUCAUCAGGAUCAUCCUGGCAGAGUUGGGUGAAGGUGGGGUCCAGUUUUGCGUGGAGCUUUGCGCUAACGCCCUCAAAUCCUGCCUUUUGUGCGACGCGGUCACCAAGUCUCUGAUCUACAAAACCAUCGCCAGCCUGCUACCCAACGACCUGGAGGUGUGCCGGGCCUGCGCCCUCCUGGUCUUCUUCCUGGAGCGCACCGUGGACGCCUACAAGAUGGUCUACCUGCUCUACAUGCACCCGGACCAGGAGUACCACGUGGACUGCAGCCCCAUCGGAAACCACAUCCGCUUUGAAACCCUCCAGAUUCUCAAGAAAGACCUGUAUUUCGACCCCGAGUUUUGGAACCUCAUUGCUUUGCGAACAAACUGUUUGAAGCUCAUGAGUGAGAAGGUGGUUAGUGCUGCCCUGGAAGAAAUCAUGGAGGAGAAAUGGGUUCCUGACUAUUGCAAAGAGCCUUCUUUACGAUCCCGUAAAUCGUCAUGUCAGAAGGGAACCAAAGGGUUACAGCAGGCAGCGGCAAAGAAGCGACACCACAAAGACGACAGAGUCUACCAGGGGGAUCGAGCCGACGCAGCAUCCAAGAGGGUAAAGGUGGGCCCUGGCCGACCACGGCUCAACACCGACCCGUCCGUGAAGAGGAGAGCCAGCCAGGGGUCACGCCCCGCGAAGGAGGCACCGUCCGAACCGCUGAGGCGCUCAUUCUGGCAGCUCGACAGAAUCCACGACAACAUAGCAGGUUACAGCGAACAAAGACGCACCACCAGACUCUCAGAGAAAAACCCGCCAAAACGCAGGAUUAGAAAGCCCAGGUGGCUUCUAGAAGACUCAGGAACUCUGGAGAAUAAUGCUCCUCUGAAGGCGAAAAGGCACAGUUUGAAACAUCAGACCUCUGUCAUAAAGAGGUCCGAAAUGGUUCAAGUUAAGAACAACACAAAACACAAAGCACUGCUGAACUCGCAUUUAAAGACACGGGAGAACCACAACAACAACAACAACAAGCCACAGAAAGGCACCUCUGCAGACGGCCUUACCUCAACCUGUCCUCCUCAAGUUGUUCUGGAACUCUCCCUACCGGACAACGAGCUGAUGGGUACGUUCACGGAAGAAACCUGCAACAGACACAGAGGGUACCCUCAGAUGCUUUUUUACAGACCUACAGUCAAAAUUCCAGCCUCGUCACAGCCGCUGAAGCCUGUCCACCGUAAAGAAGUCAUUCUCAGAGCGCGGGAUCCAUCUAUGUUCGUCCAGUUGUUGCACUGCUAUGCUCGGCGGCCCAAAGGAAAAGGAACUUCAACAAAUAAUCAAGGGUCGGUCUCAACGAUCACACGCUCCUCUGUGCACGGAAGUCCACCCAAACACGAGAAGCCAUCUGUUGAGAUGAAAGUAAUGAUUUCUUCACAGUCGGACGUGACGGACAAUGUCCCCGAAGCCCAAAGGGAAGAAGUCGUCUCUUACAGCAUUACUUCAGACAGAGAUCUUUGUGAGAACUUUGCUGCCGUUAAGACGCCGACGGCAGCAGAAAAUGAAGCAGCAGAAGCCCCUGUUUUAGACCGAGUUCCUGAAGCUGAAAGCAAAGAGGAGGUUUUGGAAACUAAAGCCUCGGUGAGGGUGCUCUCUGAAGGUUCUGUCGAGAUGAAAGUAACCGUGGCCUCUCCGAGCCCAGCUGCAACCAAACUACCACCACCCCCGGUUUUAGAGAGAGUCUCCAAACCUCAAACUGCAGACCAUGUCUUAAAAUCCACCACUUUAUCCAGAGACACUUCAACUUCCGACAACAUUCAGACUGUACGUGGUGACGAAACGCCUCCUGUCUCCAGUGUUUCAAAGACUGACGCUGCAGAAAACAUGCUGUCAAAGUCUCAAGAUAGUGCUCCAGUAGGUGGGGAGCUACUUUUAAACGGGGAACACAAGCACGACGCGAACUUGCCUUCUUCGAACUCUGAAAAGGGCAGACAUGUUCUUACUCAAGGUGUAAAACACAGUCCAGACAAAGGCACAAAUUCUGAAGGGAACAGGGUCAGUCUCUGUGAGGUAUCGGCGAUGAAAGCGACAGAGUCGGACAAUCUAAAUGACAUGUCUGCUUUGACUUUAGUAACAGAGAUGGUUACUGAAAUUACUCGAGAUCUGGAGAAUCAUAAAGAUCCUGCCCCUGAAGACAGUGCCUCCAAGCAGUCGGUGGUUUGCAACAGUAAACCGAAUGUUCCUCCCAAAGUGCAGUCAACUUCCAGCUGCUCACAACAACAGCUGUCGGCACAGGAAGAAAGUGAAGAUGCCGAGGACGACGGAUCUGAAUACGGUGACCACGUGGAAACGGAGGAGUCCAAGUUACUGUACACUUGUACCUUCUGCCACAAGGUCUUUAAGGGGAGUCGAGUGGUAGCUCAUGCAAUGUUCCAUUACCGAAAAGACGAAUGCAUGUUCUGUGGGGUGAUGUUUAAAGAUGACCUUCUGGCCAUGAUGCAUCUCUCUGAUCAUAUUGAGAAGUUGAAGAAGCUCAAAGAGACAACUAGAAACAAAAGCCAAGAAAGUCACACUUCUAAGUCCAAAGAUAUGUCCAAGCAUAAAACCUCUGCGAAAACCAAGACCACAAAUGUGUCUUCUGGGCAUCGGAAUAGUGAGAGACUAAAGAAAUCUACUGAGGUUCCUAAAACCAAGACCGUUUCAGAAUCAAGCCCACCCAAAUCCAGAAAAUUAAGAUGUAAUGACAGACUGGUGCGAACUCCAUUGUUACAAACAAAGGAACAAAACAAGUCAAAGUGCUUAAAAAUGAAGGAUCCUGUUCACAAGGUUAAUGGGCAUAUCGAUAAAAAGAAAGAUGGUCACAAAACUAAACAGGAAACUUUGGCCCUGAAAGCCAAGUUACGUACACAACUCCAUCAACAGGAUAUAUCUGAUCGUAGAACAAGUGGAAGGGAUAAGACUGAAAACCUUGACCCAGGUACGUCUACGUCCACUCAGGUCAAGAAAGAACCGGUCAGCUCCACUGAAGACAAAAUAAAGGGGACAGAAUCUCAACCGCUGAAAACUACCGCAAAUCAGAACAAGCAACUUGCAGACAAGAAUCAUGUGGAGCUGCAAGAAAAACUGUGCUGUCCUGUGGAUGGGUGCACAUGGUUUACAGACAUGCUGAAAAACCGUGUGGCGCUCCUUUACCACGCUCUAGAAGAUCACCACGGGGACGACAAACCCUUAGAACUGGCUUUCCGUGUGGGAAACGGCAAAUGCAGUAUUUGCACGAGGGUUUUAUAUAGUUUCGAACAUUUUCAGCACCACGUUGAAAGACACAGACUCACUCCACGGCACCCGUGCCUUCAUCUGGGUUGUACCGCCCGGUUCAAAAGCGGAAUGGAAAUGAGACGCCAUGCCAGGAGGCACAGUCCACUGCAGGCGGUGUGCUGCCUCCCCGGUUGUCCUCAACUGUUUAUUUGCCUCUGGGCGCUGAACCUCCAUGAAAAAGACCACUAUUCUUCAAAAUCCACUAAAUCAGUCCCAAAUGUGCAAUCAGGUGACAAGCACAAAAACCCAGAGUUUGAGAAAAAAACAGAAUGUCAUAAGCCAAAAUCUGCAGUUGCUGACCUUGCUGUGAAAAAGAAAAAAAGUGUAAAAGCUAAAAGGAAGUUAAGAUGCCAAACUCCUCCAAAUUCAUCAGUUGUAAAGCAGGUCAAAGCUCCUCUGCUCGCCACCGACAGAACAUCUGUGUUGAAAGAACAAAAUGAGACCAAGGAGGCACCUAUUUUGAAAAAUCUUCCAAACAGCAAAGCACCUCCACAGUCUGCCGCAUCUUAUCAAAGAUUAAGGCAAACGUUAAGAAAGAGGCAAGAAACAAGGAAGACAAACCUGGCACCACCCAGAACUUAUAAGAUCGUCUCUUCUAUAUCAAAACCCAGCGCCAAAGUAAAGCUCACCCUGAAGAAACGGCAGGCGAAAGUGAACGCACAAAGACCUGCAAGAAGAAGGGCUCCUCUGGAAUCAGCCAAGACAACAGUCGAAAACACUAGAAAAAAUGAAGUGAUCAAAAAGAAAAGCGUUCUGAAGGAGGAUCAGAAAAUGAGCCCUCCCAAAGCAACACAAGCUUCAGUAGUCAACAAGUUUGAAGAAGAAGUUGGAACCAGAUUAUCCAGUCAUGAAACAAUGGCCACGAGAGCAGAGCUGAAGCAGAUUAAAACAAGUCACGUUAAACACAAAACGCAGAAAUCUGUUCCAACAGGUAUGUGUGGAAGGCAGUCACUUAGUACCUCUGUAACCAACAAAACACACAAGUUGAAAGCUGUCAAAGGGAAUAAAAUGCAUAUCAGUAAAAAACACACUGCCUCAAAACAUAAAAAAGAAGGUCCCACAGAACGGAAGCAGGACAAGGUCACAAACAGCAAAGUCCCCACACAGACCGUCAAGAACAAACGUCCCCAGAAAAAAGCAAACAACCAAGCAGCCUUGAAAAAGUCCGAAAAGCUUAAGUCUGCAGUUGAAGAAGUGGAAGAACCAGCAGAAACAGUUGCACACACGUCUGCAGCUGCACAUGAAGAAGACGAACACUUCCACAAAGAAUCAGCCACGCCAUCUGGAGUUGAACGAGUUGAAGACGCAGCGACAGUUGAACCGAGUGCAGCCAGUGAUGAAGAGAAAGUGAAGUCGGAACCCAUGGGUUCACCGCAGACUCAUCCUGAUGUUUACGCACCGGUGUUCACAACCAACACCACCUCAGGAGAGGAAGAGCAGACGUCGGCAACGGAGCUCAAGUCAAAGAAAUCACAAGUCGCCAAAAAAUCUGCAAUGGAAAAGGAGCUUCCAACUGCACCGUCGCACUCAGUCAAGGCCAAGAAGAAGCACAGAGUCCGUAAAACCAAGGACAAAAACACAGAAACGAAACGACAGAAAAAAACAGGCAAAACACGUGCCGCCAAAGCUGUCAAAAAGGUGGAGGCCAAAGCGUCGCAGAGCUCUUCUUCUGAAGGUGGAGAAAAAGUAAAAGAAGAGACUUUAGAUGCAGAUGGAUCUUCCACCUCUAUGACGGCGAACGCCUCAGAUCCAGUGACUUGUCGACCUCUUACCUCUGAGGAGAACCAGUCCAGUUCCACAGCAGAGGGACAGGAAGCCAAGGUCGCAAGGAGCUCCAGCAAAGCUACCGGUAAGAGCAAGGUUAACCAGAGACACGGGGACACCAAGACUGUCAAGAGGAAAUGUCCAAGUGCAGAUAAAGGCAUUCUGAGAUCCUCCAAAACCAAAGUCCAGCGAGUAACAAAGGUGAACCCAGAGGCAGUGCAGUGUCCUGAAGGGAAGGAGGAGGGGAAAUGUCCACUUGGUGGUCCCAGUGGUCCCGGGUACUCCAUCAUGGUAAACGGACAACUGACGAGCGAAGAUAAAAGCGCCGCCUUGAAGGACGCCUUUGCCCAGUUCAGAAAGCGUCCAUACAUGCGCCUACCGCCGACCGCGUACCUGGAUGAGAAGUACAUCACCAUGCCCAAACGAAGGAAAGAGAUGUCCAUGUUUCCGGAGUCCCAGAAAAGUCCGCCUCUUGAACAAGCUUCGGCCGCAGCGUCUCUGCAAAGGCAGCGAUGCGUCAACUGUUUCACCACGUUCAACACCGCCGAGGAGCUGCAGAGUCACCUCCAGCUCCAGAAAUGCACCAACCUGUUCGGCUUUGACUCUGACGAUGAAGGUGAAAAAUCUGUGUCGACUUAACCCCACGUCAGCCCGGGUUUGGACAUGUGACACCUGGGCCGUCUGAAAAUGGACCGUACCUCAGCAGAACCUCAGUGACCGGAGUCACUGUGGACCAGAACCUCAGUGACCGGAGUCACUGUGGACCAGAACCUCAGUGACCGGAGUCACUGUGGACCAGAACCUUCUGCAUGUGGACAUAAGACUGAACUUAAAGGCUCAGCUGAGGCCUGCAGCACCAGGUCCAUCCAGAAAAGACUACUGAACCGGAUCCCAGUCAGAUAUGGAACCGGAUCCUAGUCAGAUAUGGGUCUGAUCCUGGACUAAACUCGGUCCAAUCCUGAACUGAACCUGGAUCCGCCCCUGGACUGGGUCCUGGUCUACCUCUGUAUGACUGGUCCAGUCCUGAAGUGCCUGCUCUGGGUCCGCUCUGUGGGUCCGCUCUGGGGGUCCGCUCUGGGGGUCCGCUCUGGGGGUCCGCUCUGUGGGUCCGCUCUGGGGGUCCGCUCUGUGGGUCCACUCUGGGGGUCCACUCUGGGGGUCCGCUCUGUGGGUCCACUCUGGGGGUCCGCUCUGUGGGUCCACUCUGGGGGUCCGCUCUGUGGGUCCACUCUGGGGGUCCGCUCUGUGGGUCCGCUCUGGGGGUCCGCUCUGUGGGUCCGCUCUGUGGGUCCGCUCUGUGGGUCCACUCUGGGGGUCCGCUCUGUGGGUCCACUCUGGGGGUCCACUCUGGGGGUCCGCUCUGUGGGUCCGCUCUGUGGGUCCGCUCUGUGGGUCCGCUCUGGGGGUCCGCUCUGUGGGUCCACUCUGUGGGUCCACUCUGGGGGUCCGCUCUGUGGGUCCACUCUGUUCGGACCACUGGGACGUAAAGCUGUGAACAAACUGACUCCUGCUCCGUCUGAGGCUCCGUUCCAUGUUUUCCCUGAAGCCAUAACAGGACAGUUUCUGCUUUUUGCACUGGUGUGGUCAGGACAGCUUCAGCUUCAGCUGCCUCUGUUUUCUCUGUUUUUGUGUUUCUUCUCUGAUCCAUUCACAUAUGAGGGACAAAGAAUGACACAAUUAGAAAUAAAAAAUAAAAUAAAAUAAAUGCAGAAAUAAGUGUAGAAAUAAUUAAAUAAAAUACUUGAAUGAAUAAUUAAAUGUACAAAUAAAUAAUUAAAUGCUUAUAUUUGAUAUUUUUACCAUAGUUUUAUAUUUAUCUAUUUCCUAUUUCUAUUAAUACAUAAAUAUAGAAAUAAGUGUGGAAAUACAUAUGAAGUAAAUAUACACAUUUAAAACUACGUGCAUAAUUGAGGAAAUAAAUAUAUAAACAUGGUAAUACAAACAAAAUAUAAGCAUUUAUUUUUUCAAGUGUUUAUUUAGUUAUGUAUACGUUUAUUUAUUUGUAAUUAUGUCUUUUUUUUUGUCCCUCAUAAUCUACAUCAGUCAGACUGAACUAAGUUUAGUCUGAGUCUAAACUUUAAAUACUUGUAUUUUAUUUGGGAUGUUUUUCUGUCAAAUUCUUCAUCAAAUCCUUUUUUUUCUUUAUUAUUCAUUGAAUACUUAUUUUAAAAUUCAUUAAAUCUUUUUUUUUCAUUAAACCCUUUUUGUUCAUGAAUUUUUUUCUUAUUCUUCCUUAAAUCCUGGUUCUAUUUCAGCCUGGGAUCCUGGACCGUUGGUGGACCCAGUCCUGUCUGACCCGGUCCUGUCUGACCCGGUCCUGUCUGACCCGGUCCAGCAGGGGUCAGUGUUCACCCACAGGUUCCUCCUCAGACUCCUCACUCGUUCUUUUCUUUGUUCAUGUUGCCUCUUCUUUUCUUUACUUUCAUUGGCUGGUUUGUGGCUGUGUGUGCUGGUCACAUGACCCCUGUGGACCGGUCACAUGACCCCUGACCCCUGUGGACCGGUCACAUGACCCCUGUGGACCGGUCACAUGACCCCUGUUCCGUUCCUGUUUCCAUCAGUUGGACUCUUUGUGCUUUUCCCUCAGCUGGGUUCUGGUUCUGGACUCUUUGUUAGGUUCUGGUUCUGGACUCUUUGUUGGGUUCUGGUUCUGGUUCUGGACUCUUUGUCCCAGAGCAGACAGUGGAGGUCAGCUGCUGCCUUUGAACCUUUGAGCCGGGGCACACAUGUGCAGCAGGUUCUAUUUAUUUCUGUUGGAUUUUCUAUCUUUUGUAAAUACGUACAGAGUUUCCAUGGCUGAUUAUUAUUAUUAUUAUUGUUAUUAUUAUUAUUAUUAUUAUUAUUAUUAUUAUCAUCCUAUAAAAGGUGUCGGAGCAGGGUUUAUAUAUUUUGGUCUUGAUGGAAAACAAUAAAACUUAUUUCAGAUUUGGUUGGAUUUACUUUUGAAUGAGUUU